AUGUCUGCUGCCGCUGCUGGUCCCGUUACUCAAUACUCUAUUUCUGACUAUGCCAAAUUUGCGCUAGCUGGUGCCAUUGGUUGUGGUACCACACAUUCUGCGAUGGUGCCAAUUGAUGUUGUCAAAACCAGAAUUCAAUUAGAGCCAACUAUUUACAACAAGGGUAUGGUUUCUUCUUUCAAGAAAAUUGUGGGUGAAGAAGGUGCUGGUGCUUUGCUGACCGGUUUUGGUCCAACUUUGCUAGGUUACUCGUUACAAGGUUCUUUCAAAUUUGGUGGUUAUGAGGUUUUCAAGAAGUUGUUCAUCGAUCUCUUGGGUUACGACACCGCUGUGAACUACAAGAACUCUGUUUACAUGGGUUCAGCUGCCAUCGCUGAGUUUUUCGCAGAUAUCGCUUUAUGCCCAUUGGAAGCAACCAGAAUUAGAUUAGUCUCCCAACCUUCUUUUGCUAAUGGUCUUGUUGGUGGAUUCUCUAGAAUCUUGAAGGAAGAAGGUGUUGGCUCUUUCUACAAUGGUUUCACUCCAAUCCUUUUCAAACAAAUUCCUUACAAUAUUUCUAAGUUUUUGGUCUUUGAACGUGCUGCUGAGACUUACUUUGGCAUGGCUGGUCCUAAGGAUCAAUUAUCCUCUGCUUCGGUUACUGGUAUUAACUUAGGUGCGGGUUUAACUGCCGGUUUAGCUGCUGCUAUUGUCUCUCAACCAGCUGAUACCCUAUUGUCCAAGGUUAACAAAGCAAAGAAGGCUCCAGGUCAAUCAACUCUCGGUUUAUUGGCACAAUUAGCUAAGCAACUAGGUUUUGUUGGCUCUUUUGCUGGUUUACCAACUCGUUUGAUUAUGGUCGGUACUUUGACCUCCUUACAAUUCGGUAUCUACGGUACUUUAAAGAAGAGUUUAGGUUGUGCUCCAACUGUUGAAAUUGCUGGCUCUGGUCAUUAA